GCAGUCUUCAAUCUGUACUUACCUAGAUAAUAAAUACAUACAUAUUUUGAAAGUGGAAGCAAAUGGCAAACUAUAAUAACUUAACGAUGAAGGGAUCUGGGGAAAAUAAGAAAAAUUCUUAUUUGCAUAAAUUAAUUAGAAACGGAAAUAUCCAUAAGAUUAAAUUAAUGCUACCCUCUAUAAAAGACAUCAAUGAAAAAAAUGACCAGGGAUAUCCUCCAUUAUUGUAUGCUUGUGAGCAAGAGAACAACGAUGAAAUGUUAGAACUUUUACUUGAACAGGAAAACAUCGAUCCCCUAGCUCAAGAAAGCAUAGAAAAGCAAAACGUUUUGCAUAUACUUGCCUUCAAGGGUAAGCUUUUUUGGAUAGUAAAAGUGUUCGAGAAAUUUCCAGAUCUGCCAGUGGACACUGUUACAAUAGAUGGAAAUACUCCAUUAAUAAUGGCUGCUAAAAUGGACCACAUUGAUGUUAUUGAAUAUUUGCACAGGAAAGGAGCGAACAUUAAUCACACAAAUGAAAAAAAAUAUACUCCUCUCCACUAUGCUGCCAUUAACGGAUACCCCAUAUCAACAAAAAGGCUACUUGAGCUUGGUGCAAACAUAGAUGCCCGAGAUGACCGUAAAUGCACACCUUUAAUGAAAACCUGCUCUUGGAAUUUUCUAGAAAUCUGUAAAAUUCUUGUAUACAAUGCCGCCGAUAUUGACGCACAAGAUAGCUUAGGAAACACCAGUUUAGCUCAGGCUGUAAAAAGGGGAUACACCGAAGUGGUCAAAUUUCUACUUCAAGCAGGCGCAAAUCCAAACAUCACCUCAAAAGAUAAUUAUAAUAAUAUUUUCACGCCACUUAUUAGUGCUUGCAAGCUCAAUAACAUUGUUUUAGUAAAAAUUUUAAUAGAAAAGGGAUGCGAUGUCAAUUAUCCAGGUAAUGAUUAUUCUGAAGCAUUGUUCCAGUGCAUCAGAGUAGGCUUUUAUGAUGGAGUACUCGAAUUGCUUAAAGCUGGAGUAGAUCUUUGUGGAAGAAAUCCUAGAAACAGAAAAACUCCUUUAGAACAAGCUAUAAAAUUUAAUCAGGACGAUAUUGCAUCAUUAAUUCAGGAAAAUUUAUAAAUAUCUAUGUUUUAAUCUUAAUAAUUUUAUUAUAUUAACAAUAUAAAAUGAUAUUUUAUUGUAAAAAAUACACUUAAUGUCUCUCUAUGUCCAUCUACUUAGGAUAUUGAAGCAGGAUAUUAUUAUCGCUUAUUUAUUUAUGUCCAUAUGUUACUCAUCCG